AUGGAUAUUUUCGUAUCUCAGCUCCCGGGGCUCUCUGUCGCUACGCAUCUAUCGAGAGAGCUAGCAAAGGACGACGACGAGAAUAUGCCCGACAACAAAAGCUGGCGCUUGGGACACAGCAAGCAGCCAAAGAAGCCUCCGAGAACAUCUACCCCGCUCAAGAUUGACGUCGACACUCCUGUAGGCACCGAUGACUCGAGUGAUCGUCGGCUUCAACUUACCUGGCGGAAGACACGACAGAGCAGCAGACCACAGACUCCUGUAGGCGGUGCGCACACCACGCCUAUCGCCGAAGACGCAGAUGACGCACCAAGCGAACGUUCAGAUACCCCAGCCCUACGUCGAGACUCGAAGCCCAAGCUCGCUCGCUACACGUCGCUCUUCGCCAACUUCAAAGAGACAGCCAAGGAGCCCGAGUUCGCGUUUUCUGCGCCAUGGGGUGAAGAUGCACCAGCGCCCUUCCAGACCUACAUAGAUCCGCUCGACGUCGUAACAUCUGUCCGAUCGCAUAUGAUAACAACUUCCUGGCCGAUACCAAUGGAGCACAAUAGCGGCCUCUUCCGUGUGUUCGAGGACUAUCGCAAGGUACGAGAGCAGAAGGAGUGUCUCAGUGAAAUGCUGGAGGAGACACUCAAGGAUUGGAGAAAGGCCGAGGAGCACUGGACACGCUCAAGAGAUCGUUACGGUGCGGAGAUACGGCGCUUAGAGCUACUCAUAGCUCGUGGGGCCAGUGGCAUGACUGGGUGA